AUGGCUGUCUACACAAUUCUCCUCUGUGUCGGUCCCCUGGUCGGAGGAAUCGCAGGCGGUUACAUUGCCUUUGGGCAUGGUUGGGUCGAUCUCUUUUGGGUCAGCACAGGCUUGUCCGCCUUUUGCUUUGUUGGGACUCUUCUCAUAGUUUCGGAACCCCUCUUUGCGCGGUACAUUGUGUCCGAGUCAUCCUCUCAGCUUUCCUCAAAUUCAAAGGGGGCCGAUGCGACACAGAUGGAGCAACAGCCCUUGGCCAUGACAUACAAACCAUAUAACUUCACAGCUACUCUGGGCUUCGGCAAGACCCGCAGGACACUACUUCACCACUUCAAGAAGCCCUGGAGGUCACUGGACUUGCCUGGUACAUGGGUCGUGAUGCUCCACUACGCUGGUGUGGUCGGGGGCAUUGUGACAAUGACCACCGUCAGCCCGCAGAUUCUAGCCAUGCCGCCUUACCUUUGGAAGGAGAACGUUGGCUUGAUCAACCUGAGUGGAAUUAUCGGUGCCGCUCUGGGGUAUGCCUACGCCUUUGUACUAUCCGACUGGCUUCUCAAGCGCCGUGCCAAGUCCGUUCGGAACGGGGUAGCGGAGGCCGAGGAUCGUCUACCGAAUCCAUGGUUCGGCUUGGGGGCCGCUUUUGCGAUAGUGGCCUUUGGUCUGAUGCAGAUCCCCUCGGUGGGAUUCAAUUAUUUGAUCGACUCCUAUGGGGCCCUCGCUGCCGAUGCCUUCACCAUGGUCACGAUCCUGCGCUCCAUUAUCUCUUUUGUCUGA